AUGGACGCCCCCAACUAUGGCCACGACAAUGGCGCUCCUUCCUCCUACAACCAGCCCCCAACAUACACCCACCAGGAAGAACAUGCACCCCUCAUUCCAAAGGCAAACACGGACGGAAAGUUCACCCCCGACGCAAGCUACAAGGACGUCUGGGCCACUGUCCUCUUCAUCGGCAACCUCUUUGGCUACUUUGGCCUGACUUACUACUCUGCCAAGCACUUUGUCUCCAACCCAUUCACCGUUCUUGAGGAUGGCACAUCCGUCCCCUCAAACGCCUUCCUCGCCGACCACGCCUUUGUCGUGCUUGCCCUCACCUCCCUCGCCUUCACUUUCUCGCUCUCCUACGGAUACUUUGUCCUCAUCCAGCGCUACACUGCCGCCCUCGUCAAGAUUUCCUGGUUCUUCACCGUCUUCUUCACUAUCGCCGUGGGUGUCCUCCAGAUCCUCAGCGGCAGUCUCUGGGGAGCACUCUCGAUCGGUGUUGGUGUCCUCUGCUUGUUCCUCUACAAGUACUGGGCCUCCAGAAUGGCCUUCUCCGUUCUUGUCCUCGAGACCGUCACCUCUGUCACCCGCAAGUACCCCGCAACCCUCGCAGUCGCAUUUUCAGGACUGGUGCUUCAAAUCAUUUGGUGCGCGAUCUGGAUCUUUGGCUUGACCCUCAACUAUCAGUACUUCCAGACAGUUUCGAACUGCCGCCCAGUCGACAACAAGAUGGUGUGCGACAACAAUGCCCUUUACAUCGCCAUGGUCUACCUCAACUUUGUCAUGUUCUGGAACACUGAGGUCAUCAAGAACGUGAUCCACGUCACCAUCUCGGGAGUCUUUGGCGUCUACUACUUCUUUGAGGGAUCUGCUGCCGGCGCCCCUGCUUCUCCCACUCUUGCAUCGGCCAAGCGCGCUCUUACGACCUCCUUUGGAUCUAUCUGCUUUGGUUCGCUCUUGAUUGCUCUCUUGCAGACCCUUCGCUACAUCCUCAACUCGCUCCGUUCGGAUUCUGACGAUGGCAUCCAGGCGUUCUUGGCCAUGUGCGCUUCCUGCAUCCUGUCAAUGCUUGAGGGCUUAUUUGAGAUUUUCAACAAGUUUGCGUUCACCCAGGUUGCGAUGUACGGCAAGCCUUUUGUCCGUGCCGCCAAGGACACCUGGGAGUUGAUCAAGGACCGUGGUAUCGACGCGCUUGUCAACGACAGCUUGGUCGGCAAUGUCUUGAGCAUGGGUACUUUUGCCGUGGCCCUGUUGAGCGGAUUCUUUGGAUACGUCUAUCUUAGCGUUUUUCAGCCUUCGUUCUAUGAGGACCAGGAUAAGGGCCUUGUGAUGUUUGUUGUCAUCUUUGUGGAGAUGAUCCUCGGAGUUGCGAUGAUGUCAGUCCCCAACAACGUGAUUGACUCUGGAGUGACGACCACGUUUGUCGCUCUUGCAGAGGAUCCCCAGACUCUCCUCGACACCAAGCCUGAGCUUUACCACGCCAUUGCUGUGCAGUACCCCGAGAUCAGCCUCAAUGUCCGUGGCCAGGCCGUUUACCAUCACUAG